UCAACCACCCCCCCCCGGGGGGGGGCAGCUCCGCCGAGCCCCCCGCGCCCGCGUUAAAUGAGCCCGGAGAGCGCCGAGCGGCAGCGCUGGUGCCGGCGGUGGGGCCCCAGGAUCGCUCUUGCUGCAGACUCCCGAGGAUCGCCGCGCCAUGACUCUGGCUGCUUACAAAGAGAAGAUGAAGGAGCUGCCUCUCGUCUCCUUGUUCUGCUCCUGCUUCCUCUCGGACCCCCUGAACAAACCCGCGUACACGUAUGAAGCAGACACCGUAGACCUCACCUGGUGCGUCAUCUCUGACAUGGAAGUCAUCGAGCUCAACAAGCGCACCUCGGGGCAGUCCUUCGAGGUGAUCCUGAAGCCCCCGUCCUUUGACGGCAUCCCCGAGUUCAACGCCUCCCUGCCCCGGCGGCGCGACCCAUCCUUGGAAGAGAUCCAGAAGAAGCUGGAGGCGGCGGAGGAGAGGAGGAAGUACCAGGAGGCCGAGCUGCUGAAGCACCUGGCGGAGAAGCGGGAGCAUGAGCGGGAGGUCAUCCAGAAGGCCAUCGAGGAGAACAACAACUUCAUCAAAAUGGCCAAAGAGAAGCUGGCGCAGAAGAUGGAGUCCAACAAGGAGAACCGCGAGGCGCACUUAGCGGCCAUGCUGGAGCGCUUGCAGGAGAAGCAGGUCUGCUCCCAGCCUCAGCACGGAAGGUCCCACCCUCACCACCUCCAGCUCCCUCCAAAACAUCCCUUCUGCAAGGAGCUCGCCCAGUGCCCUUCUCCAAACGCCUCGGCCAGCCUUGGGGCAGAGGCAGAGAGCACGAGAUAAUGACGGACAAUCCGAGCUCGCCCCAUCUCCUUUGGGGUUCCCGCUCCGCCUUGUCUGGCUGACGUCUACCUCCUAGAUAGAGGGCGAGGACAAUCUGUCUGUCUGUCCCCGAGUGCCUCCACAGUCCUUAAAACGCCCCCCCGGGGAGGAGAGGAUGCAGUUGACCCACCGGUGUCCCUCCGGGGACGAACCUGGCCUCGCGAACGCCCUCGUGCCUUCGAACCCCUCCGAAGCCGCUGGCCCGCCCGUGGGGCCCGAAGCCCGGCGAGCUAACGCGUCUCCCCCCUUCCCUCCCCCCCCCCCCCCA